GCCGCGGUCAGUUAUCGUUUAACCGUUGGUGGUGCUGAAAGCAGACGUGUCCGGAGCCUACAGCGUUGGAAGGUCCUCCAGUAGAGAUAACGAGAGAGUUGUUGGUCCCGUGGCGCCAUCCGCAAACGGUCGUUCAACGGAAAACACGGCGGGUAACGCACCUGACGAGCGCACCUUUGCCGAGGCUCGAUAACAGCAGCAGCACCGGCCAGAUCUCGCUGAUCGCUGAUUGUGUGAAUUGCGCGCCAGAAAACUCUCAUCGUCACCCGUCCGGCCAACGGGGGAUUUUUCUCGAUUCCCGAUCACCGGGAAGGCCCGUCGGUGUGUGCAUAUUGUAUGUAAAUUCGGCCACGGUCCGAGGGAGAGCCGCCGAGCUAACGGUGAUCGCAACCGAAACAUUCGCGGGACCUAUUAUUAGUUCCCCGCAGCCGCGAAGCUCGUAGCCCACAUUUCGAAGGCGCUCCCGCUCGGAGUCGGUAGUGUUCGCGGCUCUCGGGCAGUGCUCCGCCAUCCGAUUGUAGUGAGUGUGGGGAAACGCAACAAGUGUUCGAAUUUUCACUGAUUAAACGGAGUAAAAUAGAAAACGUGUUACGGGCCACAGACAGACAGAGGAGGCAUCAUGUUUAGCGUCGAAAGCGAGCGGCCACGGCGCUUUGCGGCUUCGCCUAAAAAUAAGCAACUGUUGGCCGCCUGUUUCUGUGUGCUUCUCUGUCUGCCGAACGUGGCCGACGGCCGAAAGGUGACAUUGUCACGUGUCACGAAACCUACCGCCCACAGGGGCGGCUACGCGAAUGCGGACAUCGCGAAACUAAGCUACUCGCCGAGCCACGCCGCUCCGCCGCCGGUGGCCGCGAAACCGGCCGCCCCCGUGUACUCGGCGCCUCCUGCUCAACACGGAGCAGCACCGUCGUACGGUUGGAAUGUCCCCGGAGCGCAUCCGGGCGCUCCUGCGGCUGGCGGUGGUGUCUAUCCGGGUGCGGCCGUAGCGGGCGCUGCCGGCUCCGGUAUCGUCGCUGGCAACGUGUACCGUUCGCAUGGUCACAACUCCACCGGAGGAUUCGGUUCGUUGGCCCACUCACCACCGGUGGCUGCAGGCUCGUAUCCGGGGCAAGCACCGGUUCAAGGCUUCCCUGGAGCACCCGUGCAACAUCCGGGCGGUGGAUUCCCAGCGCCGGGCUAUCAGCCACAACCGGCCGGAGGAUACUAUCCGCAGUCGCAGCAAGGAUUCCCUCAUCAGCCCAGCUACGCACCCGCGGGACACUACGAUCAGGGCCACUACCAGGGACACCCGGGACAAACCGUACAUCACUACGAGCAGCCAGCCAGUGGUGGAAGUGGCAUCGGUACGAUUCUUGGUGCUGGCGCCGCCGGAUUGGCUGCGGGUGUUGGUGGUGCCGCCCUGUACGAUGCGCUGAAACCGAAGGAAUCGAAAGAUGAGGGCACCACAACGACUGCUACAACGGCCGCCACAACCGUUGCGGGGGCAAGUACACUAGCUGCCGCCAGUGAAACACCAGCACCCGUCUCGCCCGCCAAUCCUAACGGAGAGGCCCCAUUAGCUCCGCUCCCGGUCAACCCGAAUGGAGAUGCCCCACUGGCCCCUAUGCCGACGAGUCCCAACGGUGCCGCCGCUGAGGUUUCGUCCGUGACGCCCGAAAUUACGCCACUAGCCGCAGACUCUACCACCGUGGACCACUCGCCGGAGAAUCCUCUCGGAAUGGCACCUCUGGCUCCGCUGCCAGAUUCGUCCUCGGCAGCAUCAACGGACAGCACUACAACGGCCACCACCGGUUCGGAUGUGGAAGCACGCAGCUCGGCUCUCAACGUGCAGCCCGAUCUGUCCGCUUCGAUGACGGAACCGGCCAAGGGAGGUGCCACGGAGCGCGCCCAUCUAACAUCCGCUUUCUCGCUGGUCGCCACGCUGCUGCCGCUGAUUGUGAAGUAUCUCCGGUGUUAACACUGCGGAGGAACAGGUGUGUAAAUAACGUGCCGUUUUUUGCUCGAAACGAUCUUAAUUCUCGAAUGCGCGCCGCGCGAUCGUUCAUCGGAUUCCCAUAAAAUUGUUUGCCUUCAAAGAAGGGGUUCGUUGUUGAGUAUCUUUCGAUUUUGAAAUACCAUUAAUUAUCAGUCCGUUCCGUUGGCGAGAGCAAUCGUGUGCCACUGCGUGCGUGAGGAUGGUAAGGAUAUCACCGGAAAAGUAUUGUUUUAUUGUAGUUUGAAAAAAAUUUCCGAAAACGCACAAACACGCAUUAAAGUAAAACAACUGAAACGUUCAAACGAUAUUGCAGAAGAGACAAAGAUGUUACGUAUCGGUAGAGGCUAGAGACAGAAAUGUUUGAGUCCAUGAACAGUGCGGUUGGACCUGGUUGUAUCUAUUGUUUCAGUCUGCGCCGCCGUAGGAAGCAAACUAACACGGAACUACGAUUAUGUGAAUAAAUAUUUUA